AUGUCAAAUUAUGGCGAAGACAUGGACACUCUCGAUGGGAUGGUACCUGUGCAUCAACACGCCGACCAAGUCUCCCAAUCGUGGAAAAUUGCUGGACCUAGUCCUCAGCAAUGGGCCGAUAUCAAAGAUAUCUUCAUCCAGCUGUACAUUGGUGAAAACAGAAAGCUAAAGGAUGUUAGAACGAUCUUGUGCAAGAAGCACGGUUUCAAUGCCAGCGAGAAGAUGUUCAAACGGCGAAUUACAGAAUGGAAGAUCCACAAGAAUUACAAAGCAAAGGACAAAGAGCUUCUAGCGAAACGUGUCAAGGCAUACGUGGAUGCCGGACACGAUAUUCAGUCGAUCUCAUUCCGUGGAAGGCCACUGAAGCUUGAUCGAGUCAAGCGGCAUUGUCGCAGCGACAAAAGGUUUACUCAACUUUGGGAACAGCUAUCCCAGAGUCCAGAAUCCAUUUCUCUCGGAGACAUCACAAUCAAGGACGAGUCGCCGUCUCUGGUCACAACCAGAUCAAGGACCCUUCCAAACUCUACCGCAUCACCCGAGGAAUCUGAUACCAGUAUGCAAGACGAAAAAGACGGCAGAUUCGGCGCCACGACAGUCAACAUUCUCCCGCCGACUGAUCUGUGCAAUAUCCAAGCUGCCCUUUUCUACACUCGAGAGGCAGUCCAAUGGCAGUUCACGACCUUCAACCGACUCAAGUUGAAUGAACUGCAACGUCGAUUCCCGAACUCCAUUCCAGAAGAGGUAAGAGCCGGACAGACAGACCAAGUAUCAGCAUUUUGGCUGGGGCUCUACCGUGGCUUCGAGUACCUUCAGACCGGAAGAUCGCCCGAUGCUUGGAGGACUUUCGACGUCUGCUGUAACAUGGUCCAGCCGCUGAUACAUUUUGCACCCCUUCAACUCUUGUCAUGCCUGCUGGUACACUUUGCAACUCCGUGGCCCGGCAUGGCAGCACUAGAGCAGCACUUGUUAAGCUUUAUCUCAUCCAUGGCAGCAAGCGUGCUCGGGAAACACCAUCCUUAUGCUAAAGCUCUAAGUAUGAUGACUGUCGCUGAUAAUCGAAAUCAUGUCAUUGAAUCAAUGAUGCAACUGAUAGUUGAAGGCUACAGCACUCGACGAAAGCCUAGCAAUUCGUCGCUCUUUGCCUUGCGAGUUGACCAGAUUGACAUGCUCCGAAAACGGAAGAACUUCCAACCUGCGCAUCACAUGUGCCAGCAACUGAUCAAAGACAGUCAGUCAAUGCAUCCUAAACGGUACAGGACUGCAUUGGCGGCUUUGGGAAGGCUCUAUGCGGAUCAAAACGAGGAGUUUGCUGUCGAGGGGGUGGCGCACCGCAUCCUCCAGCAUGAGACGCAAGAUUCGGGUUCGACAAAUAGUGGAAGCGCGGCUUGGGCUUGUGAUCAGCUCGCCACCCUUUGCUUGGCUCGUAAAGACUAUGCACUAGCUGAGCGAUAUCUUCGUCGGGCGGCGUGCAUGUCUUACACCAGACUCCCGCACCGUGGUCCUUCGACAGAUUCUUUCGUCAAGAGGCUUGAUUCCUGUCUGCGGCAACACAGCAAGAAAGGCCAUCUCAGCAAAAUCCCUGAAGAGUUAGGUAUCGAGUUCGGAAAGACCGCUCACUCAUCGUAA